UGAAAAAGUUAAGUUUCAGUUAAUAGCAUAAACGUUGAACGAACUAGUCGGAAAUAUGGCCGAUCCAGAGCUACAAGCGCUCCGCCAGCAACGCCUCCAGCAAAUGCAGGGUGGCGAUCCGGAGCAACAUAAGGCGAAAGAGGAACAGAUGGCCGCACAGGAGGAAAUGAAGAACUCGAUGCUGUCGCAGUUGCUGGAUCAGAAUGCCCGUGCUAGACUGAACACACUGAAGCUGAGCAAACCGGACAAGGCUCAGAUGGUCGAGGGAAUGAUCAUCCGGAUGGCACAGAUGGGUCAAAUCGGCGGCAAACUGGACGAUGCCUCGCUGGUGAAGCUGCUGGAGAGCCUGAAUCAGCAGAUGCCCCGGAGUGGAUCGACGGUUAAGUUUGACCGACGACGGGCCGCGCUGGAUUCGGAUGAUGAUGAUGAUUACGGCAUUUGAAGGUGGUCCAGUGCUGGUCGGAAGCGUCGUUGGAAGAUGGGAGGACGCCGGGAGGAAUGAGAAGCAGGAUAAUUUUGAAUUGCUUGAUAUUGGGCGCGGAACGCAGAAGGCAGACCGCGACCGGUUUUGUGCUUGCUAUCUGGUUCGCUUGAGCAAACUCUGAUUAAUAUUAAUCUAACAUUGAGGAAUAAACUCGUUUAUAACAAUAGACUU